AUGGUACCGCAGCCAAAAAAGCAGGCGCCUCAACGUCAGCCGUUGACUGUGGCCUUGCGGAAGAUAUGUCGUGAUUAUCCGGCUGGCGCUGGUAUCCUCAAGGAGUUGCUACAAAACGCCGAUGACGCUGGUGCCUCGACUGUCAAAUUCACCCUGGACACACAUUUUCAUGACACUUCGCCCUUGCUUCAUGAAGGUCUUGCCGAGUACCAAGGUCCGGCUUUGCUGGCGUUCAACAAUGCGCUUUUCACCGAGGAAGAUUUUCAAUCUCUCACAUCUCUGGGAGACUCCAAAAAGUUGCAGGACAAGGUUGCAACUGGAAAAUUUGGUCUUGGGUUCAGCUCAGUCUUUAACUGGACUGACUGUCCUUCGAUUCUAUCCGGAAGUGAUCUGUUGUUCUUUGACCCGCAUCAGUCUUGGUCACGAAGUUUUGAGCCUCCUGGAGGCCCCUUCUAUGACAUAUCAGCUUCCACGGAGGAUGAAUCCAUGAUAACCCAGCUCGAUGGCUUUUCACUAGUAAACACUGAAUGGGAUCGUCCUUUCAUGGGGACUAUCAUUCGAAUACCUCUCAGAACUGCUUCUCAGGCUGCCGUAAGUGAGAUCUCUAACAAGGAGACUACUACAGAUGAUGUCAGAGACGCGCUUGACAGCUUCGCCGACGAUAUGGGUUCGAAUGGCUUGCUUUUCUUGAAAUCUGUCCGCCGGAUUGUCUUGUCUAUCAAUGACCAGCUAAUGACUGAGGUCAAAAUUACCAGUAAAGAUAGCUUAGCCGAGCCUGAAGGACGUCUCCGGACUAUUCUCAGAAGCAUCAUAAACGACGAAGACAAAGCUGGUGGCGAAAUCUACCACGAGGUGGAUCUUUCACACGAAGUCGCAGGAGGAAAAAUCGAGAAAAAGUUUGGCGUGCUGAACCUAGUAACAAGAUCUAGUAAUGUUCCUUCACUUGACAGCUGGGCCGCCUCAGAAAAAUUGUUUCCUUGGGUUGCGGUGGCGGCGCCCCUCAGGGAUUGCAGCAGCACCAGCAACAGCAAGGAUGGACGUCUGUUCUCUACUUUGCCUCUUCCAUGCUUGACGGGUAUGCCUAUCCAGAUUCAUGGGUUGUUUAGCAUCUCUGCCGAUCGUUCCAGACUGCAUGGACUUGAUGAUGGUGGAGUGCAGGACCAUAGGCCGAAAGAAUGGAACAAAUUCCUCUUCGAUCAACUAAUUCCAAUGGCAUGGGCGAAACUCCUUCAGAAUAUAUGCCAAAAUACCCCGAGGCAAGACCAUUCGCACUUGUGGCCUUCGAGUAGGUCCGAUGCUCAACAACUUUGGGAUGGCAUGUGUCCAGCCGUUGUGAAUCAAGUGUUUGAAAACCAAUUCCGUGUUUGGUACACUAGUGCCGGCCACGUGGCCCUCGAGGAUGGGCUCCUGGCAUUGAAUUCAACCCAUUUGAAGGAGAGAACAGCUUUUCGUGAAGCAGAUCUUCCCAUCAUUUUCGCGGAGCUCCACGUUUUCGAAGAGGCUCGCUGUUUACCAGGAAGUCGAACACUUUGUCCUCGUACGCUUUACCAGUUGCUUCAGCAGACGAAGAAGGUAGACAGGCUAUCCAGACCCUCCAGACUUGUGCUUUUGGAAUACCUUGUUUGCGAUAUUCCUAUCACAGAACUUGGGACUCUGGAGAUAUUUCCUUUUGAAGACGGAAGAUUUCGUUCACUGAACCAGUCGACGGUCUUCUUACAUAAAAAUAAUCUCGAGAAGACACUGUUCACACAACAAACAGGGGCUACCAUUGACACAGACCAACUGUCCGCAACCGCGUCGGAAAUCAUGCAUGAUCAAGUGAGAAAGGAUGACCGGAUGGUUCGCUAUCGGAAGCCUGAAGAUCUUCGCGACUACUACUUGAAACAUAUUGCCAAUGGAUCUGGCGAUAGUGUCGUACUUGAUGAGAACGGGAGAUCAAAGCUAAAUCUGGUCUGGAGGUGGAUGCUACAGUACCACCUGAACGAAUUGCCCCUGGCGGCCCUUGGGUCUCUCUGUUUUGUGACGUGGUUCCGUCCUGGCGAGGUAAACAACAUUUCCGUAAAAAUCUUUGCUUCAAAUCCAAAGAACGCCCCAAACAUUCUAGCAGACGAUUUUCUCGAUGUUGACAUCCAACAACGCUUACUUGGCUAUGCGGAGAAGGAGCAAUCACUAGGUAUCAAGGACGGAAACAAAUUUGGAAACUUUCUCCAGUUUCUCGCCCAACGGGGUACCUUACUGCGAAAUGAAGCGGAAGAAAUCAAAUAUGCCGUCCUUCGUUUACUGAAGCAAUUGUACUGGUCCCCAGGUUACACGAGUACCGAGCAAGACCGAAAGGUGCUAAAAAGCCUUUGGAUCUUUCAAGCGGUUGAGUGGCCAGCGGACGGUGCCGACACGUCCUUAAUGAGGUGGUGGACGAACAUGAAUAUCAACAAUGUCACUUUCAUUGGACUUAAAACGCUUGUGCCGAUACCAUCGUCACCAAAUGAUGUCUUUAUAGACAUGACUAAGGAGGUCUUCAGUACACUUUUCGAAGGCCUAGGUCUAUUGAAAUGCUUGAACGAUGGACAAAUACUGGAGGAAGUGGUCAUACCGGCUUUGCAUAGUGGCAGUUACGACUGCCUGAGUUCAGCACUUCGCCUCGAAGCCGUCAAUAGGCUCUUCCAAAACUACUACCACAUCUCGGCCCAUGCGCGAAACUGCUUAUCAAAACUUGAAGUCGUUCCAUUAACGCCACGAAGUAAUGAUGGAAACCUAAAUUUCGGUCGCCCAACGGAUGUUCUGGAUCCCCAGCAACCUGCGCUUAGAAGUCUCUACUUUGAAGAUGAGAUAUGUCUACCCGAGAAACAAUUCUACACUCGGUUUGGGCCAGUUCUGGCACAGUGCGGGAUUAUGCGGUCCUUGGAUCAAAGAGUCAUAACCGAUCGCAUAUCAUGUUUUGGGAGAACAGGGCAGGAGUUUGCUGCGGUCGCCUCUCGGGCCAAGAGUCUUCUCACAAUGCCGUUGCUUAAUACUGGAGAGGCCCUUGACCUCGCUAACGUCGCUCGAAGUACCAAAUGGCUGCCAGCACAAAGCCCUGCAAAAUCUAAUUCCUUCACAACUCCCUCGGAGUGCCGAGACAUCGACGAGAAGCUCAUCGUCGGCCAUGUAUGGCAUGUUUUGCCAUUUCAGAUUCAUGAAAGUUGGAGGCCAAUAUUAGGCUGGCAGUGUGAGAUCGACGUUGAUGUGCUGAUGCGUCAGCUCGUUGCAAGUAUAGCUGCCUUUGAUCUCGAAUCACUCGAACAAACUCUCUGUUACAUCCGUCAACAUCACUUGCUGGAACGUUGCGCAGAACGCCUGCUCAAGCUGAGCUUUAUCCGAAGCAGUACUGGGGAGCUGGUCCGUGCUGACAGAGCGUGCCGACGAGGUGGCGAAAAGCUGAGGCCGUAUCUCUACACAGUGGAACCACGAUUCUGGGAUGUUCACACAGAUAUUAUGAAGAUGAUGAAUAUCUACAAAUAUCCCAGCGUUGAACAGCUUAUGAGUGUGCUAAACGCUCUUGGUUCUGAGAAGGCUUUGAAUGAAGGAGAGCUCGAUGUAGCUGUCGAAGUGACCCGUAUAUGGAGUUUGCUAUACUGUAGUCGUCUCGAGGGGUUGAAGAUGCCUGACACUCAUGGUAUGCUUCGUGAUACCAGUGAUUUGGUUUUCAACGACACACCUUGGCUCUCGGCGGGAGAACGCGCCAUAGUGCAUCCUAAGGUCUCUCGAAGCGUCGCAGACCGAUUGAUGGUAGAACCGCUGAGCGUCUUGUUGAUGAACGGAGUUCUUGGUAUCACAGAUCUUGACGAUGAUGAGUUCUGUCAGCGUGAGGAGGUUGCGGACGGCAUUAGGGAUACUCUGGAGCGUUAUACAAGAGAAUCCACCUUUCAUGAAUAUCUUGCUAACGCCGAUGACUGCGGUACCGCGUCCGAGACCAACUUCUUGAUUGACCCGAAUACUUAUGAUACGAAGUACUUGCUCACCAAGGAGCUGGGGGACCUCCAGGGACCUUCGCUACUGAUCCACAACAAUGGGGUCUUCACAGAAGAGAACUUUGAAGGCCUGAAGCGUGUGGGACGUGGAAGUAAGCGAGAUGACCCAAACUCCAUUGGUAAGUUUGGACGAGGGUCUCAGACAAUGUAUCAUUGGACCGACGUACCGAUGAUUCUAUCCGGGAGAUUCCUUCUGAUCCUGGACCCCCUACAGACUCGCUUACCUUUCAAUUACCUCACUAAGCAGAAGAAACCUGGUAUACUCUUGGAAUAUGCUAAGAUCAAAUCAGCCUGCUAUGACCAGCUAGCUCCAUUCGAGGGUCUAUGGGGCUUCAACAGCGAUCAAGAUUCCUACAACGGCACAAUAUUCCGCUUCCCACUGCGUAAAGAAGGUCAGGGUUCUGAAUUACUAGAAUCACGGCGACCCCCCGAUGUGUCAACGACAAUUGGAAUCUUUCACAAGUGUUUUGAUGAAGCUCGCUUGGCCCUCCUGUUCCUACGAAACCUCGAAACCAUCGACUUCAGUAUCAAGGGUGGCGCCGACUUCGAAUGGAGAGUUGGACGUCAGACUUGGCCGCAGAGCGGUGCCUUUUCAGACUGGGCCCAUGUCCUGGUAGAGCAGCAUAGUCCGCAUGGAAAACUUAUCUCCACGACCGAGCAGUGGUGGCGCGUAAUAGUUGAUGUGCUCGACCCUCAAGAAGACCUGCAAGACCGCCAUAAACGUAGGAUGAAAUAUGUUGAAUGUGGCAUUGCCGAACUUGUACCUUCAGCAGACAAAGCCAUAUCUCCUCUACAACCUUUGGCGUCACGGUUCUUCAAUUGCCUUCCACUCAAAUUUGAGUCGAACUUACCAGUACAUAUCCACGCCACAUUCUUGCUCUCAGGCGACCGUCAGAACAUCACAAUCGAGGAGAGCUCACAGGAUUCUGGUUCGAAAUGGAACAAAUGGCUCCUCGAGAAAAGACUGCCGCGCGUCUAUCUCCAAUUCCUCGAAGAUAUUGGAAGAAAGAUUGGCCAUGACGUCUACAACUAUUUUCCGACUGGAACCAGCGGCAGAGAACAGCUGUCCGAUCUCAUCCGCGUUUCUUUCUGGAAAGAGAUAAGAUCGUCUAGCUAUCGACUGUUUCCCGUUGUAAAUGCGGCUGAGGAAGUUACCAAACUCAGAAGCAGAGGUCGAAGCAAUCGUAUACCCCCUAAUUUAGUCACAUUUGAGGCUGCACUGUUCGAUACCUUGGACACCCAGAAGUCCAAUGCUCUUCGGCCGAUCCUUUCUAAUUGUCUCAACAAUUUGGUAUGUCCACCUUGGCGAUUACGGGGGCAUUUCAAAACUACACCAGAAGGCCCUCAGAUCAAAGUCUUGACUCCUGCCAUUGUCCGAGGUGUUCUCAGAUCUACUCGAGCGAGGGAGCUUGUUGAGAAAACGAAGCAAAUGGACAAAGAUUUUCUAGAUGUGUUAUUAUCUUACAUCGUGCCUACGACUACAGACGAAGUUGUCGAACUUGAUGGUUGCCCAAUUCUCCCCCUUGCGGACGGAGGAUUAGGCACACUUUCGUUGAGGUCAAGGAUGAGCAGCGACAAGGUGUAUUUUGUCGCGGACGCUGAAUGCCAAAGACUGUUUUCGUUCGCUGCUUCCCUGUUCUGUGGCAAUGAAACAAGAUACGCAAGCUUUGUGGGCAAGAUCUUGGACUCUGGCUUGCUCAAUCUAAAGACCCUGGCGGAAGGCGAUGUUAGUACGGUGUUGGGUCUCAAGGGAUCAUGGGCACCCGGUCCAGCGUCAGAAAAGUGGCUUGUAUACUUCUGGGACUACAUAAACUCGAUCACCGUAUCUAUGGAAGCAGCCAUCGAGCCGAAAGAGGCAUAUUUGAACUCUCUUCAACAAUUUCCUCUUCUAUUGGUUCGUACUCAUGGCGGCAAAGCAGCAAUAAACAGCCUCCACUAUUUUUGGAACAACGCCUGUGUUGUGCAGUCUGCGAUUCGUGAACAGGUCAAUCUUCUUGCAGAUUUUAAAGGUCUAGGUAUUGUCGACUCAAGGACCCUGCCUGCAUCUACUCGCCGUGCCGAGAAGUCUUUGCUUGAUCUAGCUUCGAUAAAUCGGUUGAUACGAAGCUUGAAGUUGCUAGCAGGAAAAGAGGGCAAAACCUUGAAGGAAUUUGUCAGGGCAACUGUGAAGGAAGAAAACAUCAAGACCUUCCGGAACAUCAUUGCAAGCCAUCCUCAGCUGCUGGAUGAAAGUGCGAGAGAUCUUCCUGUGUGGCCGCGUAUCUCCUCCAAAUCAGGGUACCUAACCGCGAGAGAGGCCUUUCUAGCACAGAACUCCGCUUUUGUUGUCCCGUGGAUCAAAGAAUACCAUCAAUUUACGAUGUUUAAUCGAUAUCACCAACACGCCAGCAUUGACGAUGUCGGAAUGCUUGAACGGUUUGUUCUUCUGAACCUUCCAGAUUCCAUAGGUGGGAAGAACAAAGAGCCAUACACUAGAUUGGUGGACGCCAUAAUGAAUAGCACUUCGUUGAAGGGUAAGACAGGCAACAGAAACAAAAAAGGAUCUCUGUUGGUACCUUUAGCCGCCUACCGCCUCGCUGCCAGGAGGGAUGGCAGACUAUGUUUGGCUUCCGAACUCUUCGAUCACACUGAUCCUGUCUUUUCCGCCGCUUUCGGUGCUGAGGCCACAGACAAAUUCUUGAUGACCGGGGUCGAACACCAUUUGUCCCCCUGGAAGGAGCUUGGUAUCCGCUGUCGUGAACAGGGCAGGUUUAAAGGCAGAGACUAUCUCGCCUGUCUACUGCUCUACAGGGCAGGUUAA